AUGUCGACGUCCGGCUCGGACGCGACGCCCGGCGCUGCGCUGCAGUAUUCGUACAUGUUUGAGACGAACAAUGCCCCGACCAAGCAGCUCGACGCCUUGCUGCGCGCCAUCGCCCGCCACAUCAUCCUCGAGAUUGGCGACAGGCAAGAUGCGCAGCUGACGCCCACCAAGCUCGCCGCCUUUUACAAAGCCGUCGGCGGCGAUUAUGACUCCCUCUUCAUCGAUAUGACGCACCCGUCCAUCGCGUACGUCUGGCAGGUCACCGGCUGCCAGCACUCCCUCCAACCUACAAGCGACGACUUCGCACCCCCUUCGAUCCCUGCCUUGACCUUUCGCGGCUUCUCGCGAUGGGAGUCGCUCGAGAUCCUGCUCGGCCCCGAGGAACAUGUCCCCUUCCUGCAAUAUGCGGUGAAGAACUGGGCCCUGAAGCACCCCGACACGGGCGAAGACUUUCCGCCUGAGCUUCCGGCGACCGUUUUCCCGACACAGCCCAACGUCGAGGUAGACCGUUGGCACAAGUCUUGCGCCGACAGGCUCAAGAGCGAGGCCGCAUCCUCUGCCGAAGAAGGCACUACGCCGAAGCCAUCCCCAGCCGCGGAGCAACCUCCGCCAAGGUUCACCUAUGUCCAUGUUAAUCCCUUCCAACCGACGUCGUCGCCACGUCCGAGAGCGACGGAAAACGACUACUUUGGGCGUCCCAUGUCUUAUACACAUGUCCCGAUGGGGCGCCACGCCAGCACACGCCGUUCGGACAGGUCUCCUCGCCGGGAGGAGACUGCCGAAGAUCGAGCGAGACGAAAGAGCUUCUCCGACUACACGUCGGAGCCCCUACACCCCGAUAUGCCCCCUCACGCCUAUUCCUCGACAUAUCUCGAUCCAGGCUUCAAGCGGCCUACAGAGCAACCCCGGAGACACAGCCACCCGAGGCACCAGUCUUCUGAGUCCUCAGAUGGCGAACCCAUGCCUGAACCCAUCAACCACAAGGUCAAGCGAAGGCGCCAUCCGGUGUCGCCGCCUCCGCCGCCGUCGGUCCGCCGAUUUGUGCCUCCCAGUGCACCCAUCCCGCCACCAGCCGCCUCGGGGGUCCGCCCGCACCGCUCCGACACGCGAUCUGACGAUCCGAAACGGCGAAGCGUGCCGAGCCCGCUUGGCUCUCUGCGCAGCAAGUUGAGCGAGACAGUGUCGAGCAUUCUGCCCAACGGGUUCACUUCGGACCGGCCAAGAGCCGGCUCACGACAGAACUCGUCCAACGACCCCAUCCGCGUGCGGAGGAGUCGCGAGCAGUUUCAGCCCUCGCGAUUAAGCCGCAGCUACUCCGACCCUGACUCGGACGACUCGUCUGAACUCGGGCCCACAGACGAUGUCCGGAGAAGGCGACGGGCCCGGGACGAGCGGGAGCGGGAGCGGUAUCAGCGCGGGCGGGUCCGAGACUCCGAUCGGGACUGGGACGACGAGCGCGACAGGGACUCGGGCGGUCGCCGCGAGCGGCCGUACUUGCGCCGGCCGGAAACGCAACGGCGGACCAGCAGCCACGCCGACAUUGACCGACAGCGAGACCAGCCGGGCUGGGAUCCCCGCGACAGGGAGCACAGGAGGAAGUGGGAGAGGCGGUCGCCUGACGAGUCGACGGUGCCGCCGACGACUGGAGUCUCGGGGCGGCGGUACGCGGAGGCGGCGUAUAGCUGA